UAUGCGUUCCCAGCUGAACUAUCUCGAUCUCGAGAUUGAGUGCCUUGAGUUGGAGAUGCAGAGGGAUAGAAAGGGCAGACUUAUUGAUCACAAAAUUGCUACACUCCAUGCUCUGUAUGCCGAAAUUGGUUUCCCAAGGGUGGGUGUUAUCCAGUCGAACAUAAAAAACCUGGAAGAUAAAAUUGCCAAGGCUAAGGAGUGGGCAGAAGAGGGGGAGAGGAAUCAGGCUGAUGUCGAUCUUACAGCAGAGUAUGUACGUUCGAUGAAUGAGACCUUGGGGGAGCUUAACCGAGCCUUGUUAACUGCUGUUUCAGGACGGACAUCUCUUUGACCUUGCAGGAAACUUCA